AAUGCACAUCCUCGCUCGCGCCACACCGCUCGAGCAGAACAGAAAGAGCAGCUACAGUUAGCACCGCGACUCAAGUCAACAGGUCCUUUCUUCCGUUAGAAGAGUGUAUCUUUCUAUCGAGAUAAAAUUCAACGUUGAACUUCUUGUUUUAGAAACAGGGAACAGAAACAGAUCUUGUUAUGGAAAUCAAAACGAUCCUGUUUUUAAUUCUGAAUGUCCACACAUGCACUGCCAUCUUUAACGUCAGUGCUGAAAGCAGUUUAUCUGAAAAUACGACUGUUCAACUUGUUGAUGCAGAAGAUUAUCAUGAGGAAUACAUAAAUGCCCCUGCUGGACGAGGUUUUGCUGUUGAAUAUGAUACCUCGACGGAUGAGCCAACUGACUACAAUAUGGAUGAGACACUGCCCAACUCUUCAAUGCCAAAUAAAACUUGUAAAGAGUUAGGCCAACAAGAGUCCCGAUCUACUAAAAGAGCACAUCCAUGUAACAUCAGUGAUCCGAAUGCAGCAAGAUGCAACUCAACUAAAAUCCGGAAAUACAAGACCUCAGUCGAGGCUGUUGACUUCCUUAAAAGCUCACUGGUCACACGCAUCAUGCCCUCAUUCUACAUCAUCGUCAUCCUCAUUAGUUUGCCCCUGAACGCUUUGGCCUUGGUGAUGUUCACCUGUAGGAUUCGAGAGAAGAAACCAGCUGUGAUCUACAUGUCUCAUCUGGCGUGUGUGGAUCUGCUCUUCACCCUGCUGCUGCCUCUGAAGAUCCACUACCAGCUGAACGCUUCAGAUUGGGUGUUCGGUGAGGCGGCGUGUCGUGUGCUCAGUGCAGCUUACUACUGCUACAUGUACUGCUCCAUACUGCUGAUGAUGUGCAUGAGUGUGGACAGGCUGCUGGCCGUGGUGUAUCCCAUCGCCUCUCUGACCUGGAGGAGCGCAAGGAAAGCCACACUCAUAUGCACAUUAGCCUGGCUGCUGGCGAUCACUGGUACAGUACCGCUUCUCUCAGUGAAACAAACAUUCAAGAUUAAGGAUGUUGGUGUCACCUGCCAUGAUGCAUUGAUCCACAAUGACCCUACAGAUAAGCAGUACAUGUACCAGUUCUCCAUCCUCUCCUUUUUCUACUACUUUGUGCCACUUAUUGUCACCUUAGUGAGCUACUCCACCAUUAUAUCUGUGCUCCGUACCAAGUCUAAUCUAUUGGCGAAAUCAUCAUCACUCUCAGAUAAUCGAAGAAGAGCUGUGAUUAUGACUAUAGCUGUGCUGAUCGUGUUUGUGGUGUGCUUCGCACCAACCAAUGGCAUCCUGGUGUACCACUGUUUUCUUUUAGCUGCUGGAUACAACAGCGGUGAGGGAGAUUCAUCGUAUGCAGCUUACCUGUUGGCUGUGUGUUUGGGGAGCGCAAGUGUUUUUCUUGACCCUCUUCUUUACUAUUACGGCUCGUCUCAAUGCAGAAAGAAGAUCAGCUCUGUGUUUUGGUGGAGAAAACGCACCUUGUCAAAUUCAAACAGUCAGACAAAAUCCUCUUAUGUGAGUUGUGAGUACAGACAGGCAUGCAUUUAGAUGUGAAUUGUUUUUUAAAAAAAAGAGCUGUUGAAAUUGUGCCAUUUAAAGAAGAUUGAAUUUAAAGUUAUGGCUCUCUGGCCACAAAUCCUGAUUCAUGCUAAAGCAGGAUGUAUAUCCCUUCCAUGCUGUUAUUUAAAAAAAUUCAAACAUUAAUAUAAUUAAAUAUAAUAUUUCAGAAAAUAUAAAGAUAACGACAUUUUUACAACAGUUUUAUUAUCUGUUCUGUACAAAUAUUUGUGUAAUUUUGUAAUUGUCUUGCAAUCAAAAUUGAAUGAAAUUGUAUCAAGUAAAUAUUUCAAAAAUAUAUAUUUUUUUAGUUUUUCUAUACAAUAUUUUGUCCUGUUUUAGACAGAUUUACUGCCACUUAACUCAAUUUUUCAGCCUGAAAUCUCUUGAAAUUCUCUAUAAAUGUAAUCUGCACCUGGCCAUGUUAAAUGCUUGCAGUAACACUGUGCUUCUUACACACGCUUAGUCACAAACAGGAAAUGGAGUCACAUGAGCAGUGAAUAGGUUGGGUCAGUUAAUAUUAUUUAGCACAAUCAGCGUUUUCUAAAAAUGAGGUACUUUCAGUAAAUCUUUGUCUUUUGCUUUAAAUUGCCAGUUUUAACUGAAAGUUUGAACGUGUAAAUAGCUCUACAUAUAAAAUGAUGUGAUACAAACAUUAUUGUAUGUAAAUAAUUUGUGCACAAUUUCUUAGAUUAAUAUAUUUUAGCAACUGAACUGAGCUUCUAUAUUUGCUAGUUGUCAAACAAGCCUUUUCCCUCAGAUUUUAAGUUCUGGUCUCAAAACUGUGAUGCAAAUUUGAUUGGAGUUAAAAAAGUGUAGCAACUCGCAUGGUCUUUGUUAUAUCAUAUUAUAUCACUGAAGUGCCUGCCUACUGUAUAUCAUACUUUAGAAAACUAACUUACUUACUUAGAAAAUAAGUUUGCCUACUCAUGUUUUUCCGUUCCGCUAUACAGUAUUUAUAUGAAGUACAGAUAAGCAUAACUUCCCCAUUCCACAAAAAAAUGUUUUCAGAUCUGUUAUCAGUUAUAAGCCGCUCAUUUCAAACAUAUUCAGUUUUGUUAUAUGAACAGUAUGAUUGACUACAAUAAAUAUAUACCAAAAUAA